CCAUGAUUGUUAAUAUGCCACCCGUUGGUGGAUCGGCGGCGGGAAGUCCCCCCAAUAAUAAUAAUAAUAACAAUAAUACCACUAAUAAUAACACUACCAAUGGCUAUAACUUUUUGAAGCGGAAGUAUGUGGAACAGGAGCUGAGCCUGGGCCAGGAUUUCGAGUCGCUGGAGUCAUCGAAUCCCUGGAAGAAACGCCAUUUGGAUGCCUACGAUGCGGGGGACUUGCAAUUCCACCUGCAAAUGGAUCAGCCGGCGGCUGUCAAAGAUUCGGUUAGUGCCGAUCCUGCUACUCCUGCCACAGGAUCGAGUUUCAUCAACGAUCUGUUCGCCUAUGAUACCACACUUCUGGUGCCCACUCCGACUCCCACGGCCCACUACUCCACGCACUGCCCGCCGUCGGCUGGGGGCAGUGGCGCUGCAGGUGGCGGCGGAGGAGGAGGUCCUUUGGAGGACAAUGGCGGCUGGCAGGCUGGGGAGUUGCUGGAGCUGGAUCAUCGCUACAACUCUGGGCUGCAGGCCGAGUUGGGCCAAUUGAAUGCCACAUUACCACCUCCUCCUCCACAUCAACAGCAGCAGCAACAACAACAGAAUCCUGUCCCGACCGGAAGUCCUAGUUUUCUCUUCCCACAAAAGCAACGGAUAGUAACCACUGGAAGACGCACUUCCUCGGGCUCUGGGUCAGGAUCGAACGGCGUCCAGGAGGCCACAGAAACCGAUUUCGAGGACAAGAAUCUCUCCUGGCUGCUCAACUUCAAAUUCGACGAGUUUCCCCAUCUCUCGCCGCACAAUCAGGCCGGAAACGGAAAUGGCCAGCCCGUGGUUCUGCCCGAGGGCAGUGCCCCGCUUCCAGGAUCAUCAUCGGCCUUAGGCCACUCACCCUGCCAGUCCACCUCGCCCACACCCGCAUCUGCAGCCGGCUCCCUAGCAGGAUCCACAUCCGCAUCUGCCAUUUCCGCCUCCGCCACAAACUCGAAUCAUUCUCUGAUUUCUGAUCAGAGAGCCAGAUCUCCAAAGAAUUGUGCCAGUACAGGAAUGCCGGUGGGAGCAGGUGGUGUCAGUAGUGGCGGUGGAGGAGGAGGCGUGGCGGCUGGAGGUCCGGCCGGAGGAUCUGGUUCGAACAAAACCGGACGCAAGUUCGAGGAGCUCGUUAUGGAGGUCACCUCCGAACUGGACGGCAAUGACAUGAUCGUCGCCGAGCAUGUUGUGGUCGAGGAUACCACCUCCAAGGCGCCAAAGAAACCACCGUUCACCUACACGGAGCUCAUAGAAUACGCCCUCGAGGACAAGGGUGAGCUGACUGUGUCGGGUAUAUACCAGUGGAUAUCUGACCGCUUUCCCUACUACAAAUCCAAUGAUGAUCGCUGGAAGAAUUCCGUGCGACACAACUUGUCUAUAAAUCCGCAUUUUCGUAAAGGAGUCAAGGCGCCACAAGGGGCAGGCCACCUGUGGGCCAUUUCUAGCGGGGAUUCGGCCGAAAAUGUUUUAGCCUGGGAGCAUAAAAAGCAACGUCUGGAUUUGUUCUUUAAAAUGGAAUCCAUUAACCGAGAGCGUAUACAACAUCAUCAGCAACAGCUCCAGCAACAGCAGCAACAACAUCAGCAGCAACAGCAACAUCAGCAGCAACAGCAACAGCAGCAACAGAAUUGUCAGUCGCCGCAACAGCAACAUGCAACACAAUCGAACAGUUGCCUCUACGAUGAAGCGGCUGUGGCGGCUGCCACUCUAACCCAGGAGAUGCUGCAACACCAGACCCCCAAUAACGCAGCCGGCGAGUCUCAGCCCCCGAAUCAUUCGCACGCCCAUGUCCAUCACAAUCACAAUCAUUCCCACAAUCAUUCGCAAUCACAUUCGCAUCACAAUCAUCAGAGCCACCAGAGACUGUUGCCGUUCAACGAUCUCCUGAGUGACGAUGAACUCCGGAAGACGGCCGGCCAGAUCUUGAACGGCAUCCACCGGGAAGUGGAGGUCCAGUCCGUUAACUCCAUCAUCAGUACUUACCACGAUGUGCUGUUAGAUAAUGAGGAUUAUCUGAAUCCAAUACACAAGGAUGUAGUGGUCACGGAGAGCGGUCUGAGGCAGCAUCAUGGCCAUAACCUGGCCGGUGGCAGUGGCAAUAUGAGCAACUCCCAGUACUACAUCACUGAAAUAGAUCCCAUGGAGCUGGGCAUACAAAUGUCGCAUCAGGUGGAACCGUCCGAGGAGGAGGUCCUCUUCAGCGACGAAUUCAAUCUGAACUACUUUGGUUAUAAUCCCGGUAGUGAUAUUGUCGCUUGACCGCGAAAACAGCAGGCAGCUCCACCAGCUCCCGCCCAGCCAAGCAAUUGAAUUGGAAAACAAUCGUAACUGUAGCCCAUAUUCUUAGAUACUUCUAAGCCAACUCUAAACGAAUACUAGUCACACUUACUAACCAGUAACCACCUACCCAUCAUCCAUCAUCCACUAUCCCACUAACCCUCAUCGUCAUUAUAAAGAAACUCCAAAUGCCCCCCUCUAUGUAUAGUCUAGUCUUGAGUGUACCAAUGCAAGUCCUAUAUUCGUAUGUGCCCUAAUAUAUCUAUUUUUUUUUUGUGUGUACUUUAGUUGAAUACGUAGCGAUUAAGUAGCUUCCUAGCCAUAAGUAUCUACCCCUAUACAUAUACGUCUAUACAUACAAUACAUAUACGGAUUAAAUUCCAGAUACUUGACACCAUGUACCCUUGCUCGUCUCUGAAUUUAGUUAAGUGUUUUUACCAGUGUAGUCGAAUAUCCAAACAAAAAAAACCAAAACAAAAACGAAUACGAUCUCCUUCUCUAAAUAGGACUAGAGCCGAUGUGUUUACUACUACCCAUGUCCGUAGA